AUGAAACUGACAAAGGAGGCAGUCCCAGCAUCGGGGCUGACAGUCCUCUUUGAGCCGGACGAAGCCAGGAAUGCCGUCAUUGACAUCCUCUUCGUCUCGGGUCCUGGAGGCCACCCGGUCCGGACUUGGCAGCACACCACAAACAGCACAUCGGAAUCGCCCGGAUCACAAGACACGCCCAAAGGUGGCACCGGCGAUGGCCUCCCACGGCGACGGGGGUCACUGCGCGAGCUUGUCCGCAAGAAUUCAAAUUCGCUCAAGCGCUGUCUGUCGAAUGCAAGCCUGUCGCGCGAGGGGUCGCUACGGAAGAAGGCGGAGGAAAGGGAGCGAGACAGGCGUGACAGGGAGAAGCUGAAAGACGAAGAUGUGCAACCGCCGCUGCCCAUGACACUGCCGACGCCACGCCAGCGACGCGUCCUGCGCAAGAACAACUACGCGCGCAAGAGCGACUACCCCAACUAUCCGACUACGACCCGCUCCGAGUCGAAGCUGUUGCUGCUGGCAGGCGCGGUAGCACACUCGACAGUGACGACGGCGGCGGCGAGGACGGCAGCUGCGACAGUGGACGAGUCCCGCCUGCGACGAACCAAGUCAACAUCACGUCUGCGGCUGGGCAGGACGUUGGUCGACGACACGUCGCAGACACGGCAACAACAACCGCCAGCGGACGACCCGUCGCAUCCGUCCGUCUACUGGCCCCUCGACCUUCUACCCGCGUCGUGCCCAAAUACCCGCAUCAUCACCUGGGGCUGCCAGACACUGUCCACCAAGGGCCGCCUUCUGCCCGCACAGAACAACAUCUUUGACCACGCGGCGGACCUGCUCCGAGAACUGGCCGCAUUUCGCCGAGAUUCGCGUACAGCCGGCCGCUCUCUUGUCGUUGUCGCCCACGGACUGGGGGGCAUUGUUGUCAAGGAGCUCCUCUGCCGAGCAGAAGCAUCGGACGAGCCGGCACAAAAGGAUGUUCUGCAGUCGUUGGCUGGUGUCGUCUUCUUCGGCUCGCCCCACCGUGACAGCCAGUAUGGCACUCUGCAUGAUGCCGUCAAACACUUGGCCGGACAGGCCCUGGGGGUCAGCUCGCACGACGAAGUCCUGCAGGACCUGUGUGGGGUCAUCGACAACACCCGGAGCAGACAGACGUCCGUUUUGGAGAUGGGGCGGCAGGCUUUUGUGCGGCUCUGGAACGACUACAACUUCCGCGUCAAGACGUUCCAGGAAGCCGACAGAAGCCACAACAGCGCCAUCAGCCAGAGCGAGCAACAGAACACGCUGCGGCGGGAGGCUGCUUCCUUUGGCGAUCCCCGCGAGCGGUGCGAGCCCGUGGAGGCCAGCCACGCGGACCUGGCUCGCUUCAGCUCGGCCGAGAAUCCCGUGUAUCGUUCAUUGUCGUUUUAUCUUUUGCGCUUUGUCCACGAUGAAAUCCAUAGACUCCGCGACCUUACUCCUAAAGAAGAGGAAGUCCUCCGUGCGCUGGCCUCCCAGCCGACGACCACACUCCCCCAAAGCGUGUCCAGCGCCGCCACGGCCCGCGUCGAGUCGUACCCCGGCACUGGCCUCUGGCUCUAUGACCUCCCCGAGUUCCGGGCCUGGCAUCAGCGAUCGAGCGGCGGCCGCAAUCGCAUUCUUUGGAUCAAGGGUCGACCGGGUUCGGGCAAGUCGGUGCUUCUCAAGUCGCUGCGGGGCCGUGUCGAGCGGCAAUGGGGCCCUCUGAACAGCAACUUUGUAUGGAGCUUGGCCGAGGGCGAUACGGUCAACAGCGUCUUCUUUCCCGGCAAGCACCGUCCACACCAACAAUACGCCACGUCGCCGGCUGGCGUGUAUCGCAGUCUUUUGGCGCAGCUCUACUUCCAGGAUCCCCGCCUACGAAAGGCACUGGCGUCUGUAUGCCAGCGCACGUCGACCGGCUCAGGCACGUCCAUCUCGUUUGACGACGCCCAAGUGGUCACCUUCUUCGUCGACGACUACGUGGACCAGAAGAUCGAGACACCCACACGCCGCACAUUUAUCUUUGUGGACGCCACCGACGACUGUGGUAUCUCCUACCUGCAGGACAUGCUCUACUACCUCUCGCAGCUCGCCGCCAACUCCGACUACAGCAUCUGUGUCGCCACCACUGCCCACCCCGAGAUCGUGCUCGACAACGCCAUCGAGGUUGUCAUGCACCAGCAGAAUAUCGACGACAUCCUGCGGUACGUCAGCCUCAACCUCAUUGCCGAGUGGGCCGACCGCCACAGCACCGUCGUGCGCAUCGGCCAGAAGGCGGGAGGCUGUUUCCUGUGGGCCGAGAUUGUCGUCAGCAUCCUGAACGCGGCCAUUGAGGAGGGUGCCACCGAGGACCUGGUCGAAGAAGCUGUUGCCGAAAUGCCAGGCGACAUCGACGGGCUCUAUGAGUGGUUGUUCAGCACGCUCGGCCCCGAUGAAAAGGCCGAGACGCUUCUGCUCAUGCAGUGGUUGCUGUUUGCGCCCGAGCCGCUGCGCCUGGACGAUUUGCGGACGGCGAUUCAGUUGUCGAAGCAGUCUCAUCAGGGACCGUCUCCACUGCACAUUGGCCCACCCACCUCUCUACAUGGCCUCAGCCGCACUGGAGACAGUGCGUUUGAUGGACCCGUGCAAUUCUACAGCUGGGUACGCAGCCGGUCCAUUGGGUUGCUGGAGCUGCUGCCGCAGUCACCGGUGCCGAUGCACGCCCGCGCCCACACCCAUACGCACUCUCACUCCCAUUCACGUAGUGGUAGUGGAAGCAGCGGUGGCGGCGGCGGCGGCGGCCAGAGAACCGCAAGCAGGGGCACAAUGUACGAACAACAGAAUCAGGGCCUCCGACGCGUCCGCUUUAUCCACGAAUCUGUCCGCAACUUCUUUUUGCACGGACGUGGAUUUGUGUGCUUGACGAAUUCGACCACCAGUCCGACCACAAGCCCCGGCCUGAGUCCCGACCUGUACGACAGUCCCCGGCCGAGCUUUGAUUUCUUCGAGGACGACCUGCAGUCGGAAAACCAGACGGCCGACGACCUUGCCGCCGACUUUGCCGACCGUGCACACUACUCCAUGCUGCAGGCAUGCCUGACGUGUCUCGAUGCCUUCGAGGUCAGCGGCGUCAGCAAACGCCAACUCGACGUCGCCAGCCACCCCUUCUCGUUGCUGUCCUACGCCGUCGACAACUGGGUCUUCCAUCUCCUCAGCCCCCGCCUCUACCGCUACCACCUGCCCCAGACGGACCUACUGCGUGUCUUGUCGGCCAACCAAUGCCGUCUCUGGCGCCGCUGGACCGCCCUUCUCGGGUGCAGCGCCACCAACGCGGAUGCUGUCAUGGCCAAGUGUGCUACCGGAUCGGCCCAGGAGCUGUUGGAUCCCGUUUUUGGCACGCGCUACCGCCUCGAACGCGUCUUUAAAAGCCUGGCCAAGAUGUCUGUCAGCCAUAUACCGGUGCCCUCCCUGGCGGCUGCAAAGAAGACAGCCACUCCCGGACGGGUCCGCCCCAGUGGCCUUCCUCGACUCAAGACGCACCCACCUGUCUCGAGCAACCGAUUUACGACGCGUCUGCCACCACCACCUCGCGCACCACCGCGCGCACCACCACCGCCACCGCCGCCGCCACCUCUAUCGGCCAGGUCGUUUGCGUCCCAGGCCACCAUGGCGGAUUCGAUACUGUUCUCGCCACAGUCGAGGGACUCGCCAUCGUCGCCGAACACACCGCUGUCGUACUUGUCACCGACUUCGUUGGGUCCGGAGAGGGGAGCAGAUUCUUUUUGGUCGCCCAUUUAUGUAAAGUAG